AUGGUCUAUGGAAUAUACUGUUUAGAUGCAGUUUAUUUGUUUUUGACCAAUUUUAGAAUUGUCUCCCUGCCAUCAUAAGUUAUUAUGUGUUAUCAGUAAUGAUCCUUACAAUUAGGUUGGUAAUGUAUAUCUAUGUGGGUACCAAAAAUCAAAAAGAAAGGCAUUUUACAUUAGAGAAUUCAUUGAAAAAUAUAAUGUUUAGAGAAAUUGAAUUAGCCUACAUUUAUGCUUUAACCUAUCUAGAGUAAUCAACAUCAAUUAAUUAAAUUAUGCUUAUAUUAUGCUUCUUAAUAUAGUUAUUUAUAUUUUAAAUGACAAAUUUAAUUAAUCAAAGAGGGGAAUUACUUUAAUAAAGAGCAAAAGGUUUAAGUGUCUGGAUUAAAUUACCAUCUAAACCACCUGGUGAUUUUGUUAAUUGGAAUUAUACAUAAGAAAAAUAUCCUCCUAAUGUUACUGUCUAAUAUAAUAAUAAUUAUUAUAGGUUAUAGAACUUAUAUAACACAUCACCACCAGAAGAUAUUAAAGCUAUAUUUAUACAAUUAUUAUUUUACAACAUUUAAAGGACCAAACAAAGAUUGUCAAUUAUCUUGUUUAUAGUGUGUGUUUUGGCUGUCUUGAUUGACAUUGAUGCCUUAAUGUUCAAUCUAGAAAUACAAUACACAAUUAUUCCAGAUUCCAGAAAAUGA